AUGACGUCAAGACAAUUGAUGAAACUCAGGAAGCGACCAACGCACUUCUUAAGCAUUCCAUUGACCAAAACGCUUGAUAUAGAACCAUGCCUUCUUGCAACUCAGUCAAAGCUUAUCAAAGCCAAUAUAGAUGGUAUACUAGAGAAAGAUUUCAUUAAAUCAACGAAGCUACAUUUCACAAUAGGAGUAAUGUCUUUAGAUGGAGAUAGUUUACCAAAUGCUAGAUCAGCGCUUGAGUCAAUUAGACCUGAUAUUGUUGAGAUUUUAUCUAGACAACCUCACAUUUACUUGAAUGAAUUUGGAUGCUUCCCAAAUAGCGAUCAAGCUCAAGUUCUUUUCUGCAAACCAGUCGAUACUACCCCGCUUGAUGAGAUUUCACAUGUUAUACGACAGCAAUUCAUAAAUGAGAGACUUCUCACUGAUACUGGUCCAUUGACCUUGCAUUGUACUAUACUCAAAACCUCUGGUACAAAAUCUUCAAAACGUCCUAAUUUCUCCUUCAAAAGUGUCCAGGAAUCCCUUAAAAAUUGCGAUCUUGGUGGUCCAUACCCUCUUGAACGUGUAGAGAUAUGUGAAAUUGGCAGCACUACUCCUGAUGGGUUUUACUCAUCUGAAGGAACCAUAUCAUUGUAA